GUCAUUUCAUUUAUAGGGUGCCACAUUUAGUCAGUAAUUCGAGAGCUCGCGAGCGCAAUAAUUUUUAACUUGAAAAUCAUACAAAAUUAAUCAAUCAAUACAUAUAAAGGUAGCCACAAUGAUUAAAUUUAUUAAGUUUGUGGUAUUCAUAAAUUUUCUGGCUCUGGCAAAGGGAGAUAGCUUACCAAAUAACCCAUGUCCUGAAUUUUUCAAAUACGAACUUGUUAAGUCAAAAGUAGCAGGACUCGUUACCAUACCAUUUGUUGGUUUACCUAUACACCUGGAAGUCGAGGCAUCUAUGAAAGGGACUCAUCUUAGACGUAAAAGUGUUUCAAGCAUCGACCUGCUGAACGAUACGGAUGAGUUAUUGUUCGGAACGGCCAAAUCUGUCCGGUACCGCAUACAUUUUCCAGUUCGAGAAUCUAUACCGCAGCUCACCCUGAUCAAAGUGAACGGUACCAAAAUUUGCAAAGGGCCCAAACUUGUCCUUUCAGACUUGAUCUGUACUUCAACCAAACUAAAAUUCACCCACAACUAUCCCUCGAAUUCGACAAAAAGACAAAAAAGACAAGAGGCAGACGAAUACCCACCAGGCCUAUUAGAAAUAAUAGUUGAAGGUGAUGACUAUUUUUAUCCUUUAAUAUGUGCCGACUACGACGUCUCCGACAAUGCAGAUGAAGAAGACGAAGAAGAUGAUGAUGAAGAUCGAGGUGGAGCAGGAGAAGAUGAAGAGGAAGGAGAAGAAGAAUCGUCGUCAGAAUCCGAGGAGGACGACGAGAGCUCAUUUGGAAGAAGUGGAGAAGAAAAACAGCGAUUGUUUACAACAACUAGCAAUAACAAUAUAAUGUGA